AUGCGACCUCGUCUUCAGAACUUCAACGCUUUACGGGCUCGAUCGUACCUAACAAGACUGCCGCUAUUCACUCGACUUAUCGUCCUCGCUAUCAUUGCUCUUUCAAUCGCAUCGCUGCAAUCUGUAUGGAACUUGCGAGAAUGGGGCGCUCUCAUUCCUGAAGAGAUCAGCAUUACAAACGCAUACCGACUAUCGACAUUCCCAUUAAUACACCUCAACGUCAUCCAUGCGAUCCUUAACCUUCUGGCGCUUACUCCUCUAAUGGAGCGAUUCGAGACUGAACACGGCACCCUGACAUCCCUUGCCCUGUUCUUUGGACCGUUGACAUCUAUACCCGCCGUUGUUUAUGUAUUAAUCGAGCGAUGCAUAUUCCGAGCAAACCAUGGGGUUCUAGGAGCCAGCAUGUGGGUGUUUACUCUGUUGGCAAUGGAGUCUAUUCAAACAUAUAAGAGCAACCCCCAUUUUGUCAUUGGCUCCGUCAAUAUCCCAACAUGGACAACGCCUUUAAUCAUGAGUUUGGUUGUAGCCGCAUUGAUCCCUGGAACAAGUCUCUUGGGCCACCUUUGUGGCAUCGCCAUUGGAUAUGUUGCUGGCUUUGGCUAUGCCAAGCUACUUGCACCCCCAGAAUGGGGCCUUCGAUGGGUUGAGAACCGACUCAAUCUUCUUAAGAUUCUCCCGCACUAUGUCAGCAUUGACAAGACAACAUACGGCCGAUUCGGCGUGCUGCCUACAACUAACCGUCCGGGCCCUAGUGGAAGCGCUGCGACAGAGCUUGUCGGCACGACCCAGCGUCUUGGGCCAUAG